AGUACCGUUAUGAUGCGACGUAGAUGAGCACUGAGGCCACGCGCACUUAUAGCGAUGGAAAAUUACGAAAAUAUAUUAGUUAGGGUUCCAAUCUAGCGUGUUUUGGAGGCCCGUGUAGCGGAUUUGUACACGCGACGAUUGGCAACGCUGUCUGGCCCGGAGGCUGCACGGGGUCACAUUCCAUUUCCGCGCCCAAGAUGACCUAUUUUACAAGGCUUUCAUGGGCGUUUGAAGCAUUUCCAGGGGUAGUUCCCUGACCCUGAUUGUAGUUUAACCUUUCCUCUAUACCGUGAACCUAAAACAAUAUACUUGACAACCCGAUUAUCCUCCCUUUUUGGCAUUUGAAAAGAGUUGAUGCGGGACUCGGGAGGUGUCAGGGAGAUGAAGAUGCUGGGAAGAUGAGAGGAGGAAAGACUUCACCGUUUCCUCGAGUUUUAAGUGACCUGACCCUUGACGUGGGCAUGUGUGGAGGUCAAGGGAGUGCCAGAGUGCCCUAGUGCCAGGAGAACCGGUGCCAUGUUGGGAAAGAGACGUACUAGAAGAAGGGAGGCAAACUCCUUCAGCGACAUCGCGCGGCUGCUGAGUGAGUUCUUCCGGGACCUGGAUGUGGUGCCCUCGGACGUGGUGGCGGGCCUGGUGCUGCUGAGGAAGUACCAGAAGCUCAACCGUCAGGAGAUCGUCAAGAGCACCAAGAAUGAGGUGUACGAGUUCCUGUCUGGCGUCCCCGUUACCCCGAGCACGAGGUUCCUGCAGCUCUCGUCUCUGGAGGGUCGCGCGGAGUUUGAGAAGAUCGUCCACUACAUGAGGUUCGCGCUGGCUAUCUAUGGCUGGCCGAUGUUUGUGGUCAGCAGCACCACCGCCGAGGCCUGCCGACUCUGCCCCAUGCUCAGAUGCUGGAAAUGCUGCUCCACCCAAACGUCGGAGCCGGAGGUGGUGGAGGACAACUGCUGUGGAUGCAACGUGGCGGCAAUGCGGAGGAUGGUCCCGGCGGAGGAGUUUGAGCUGGUGUACGCGACUUACCAUGUGGAUGUGGGGGAGACGCCCUUCUUCGUCGCGCUGGACCAUAAGAAGCGCGCCGUCGUCAUCAGUAUUAGGGGAACGCUGUCAAUGAAGGAUGUGGUGACGGACUUGAAUGCAGAGAGCGAGCCUAUUCCCAUGGACGAGACGAGAGAGGACUGGCUGGGGCAUAAGGGAAUGGUCUCGGCAGCUGAGUACAUCCGCCGCAAGCUUCGGGAGGACAACAUACUGACCCGGGCGCUGACCUCUGACCCGACGAGGGGCACCCAGAGCUAUGACCUGGUGUUGGUGGGUCACUCCCUGGGGGCGGGGACUGCGGCCAUCCUCGCUAUCCUUCUCAAGCAGCAACACCCGAACCUCAGCUGCUUUGCCUACUCCCCGCCUGGUGGCUUGCUCAGCAUGCCGGCAGUGGAGUACACCCGCAGCUUCAUCACCUCAGUGGUGGUGGGCAAGGACGUGGUGCCUCGCAUUGGCCUACACCAGAUGGAGGCCAUGCGCGCCGACCUCAUCAACGCCAUCCAGCGCUCCAAGGACCCCAAGUGGAAGACCAUCGGUGCGUCCGUGCGUUGCUGCGGGGCGUGGGAGGACAGCGGAGGCGAGGCGGAAGAGUUCUCCACCACACGGGCCGCAAUGAGGGACCACGCAUCGCACCCCUCAGACUCAUCCAUCGCACUCACUGUCCACCAACCACUCUACCCCCCAGGCCGCAUUUUACACGUCGUCCGGAACCACCCCAAUAAGAGGAGACUGAAAAGCGAUUCGCGACUUCGUCACUGGUUGGCGCGCCCCACCCCGGUAUACCAGGCCAUCUGGCGAGACAACCGGGAGUUUGACGAGGUGCUCAUCUCUCCUUGCAUGAUUCAGGACCACAUGCCUGAUAAGGUUUUGAAAGCUCUUGAGAAGGUGCUGGAGAGUCCGGGCCCCAGGAAACCCCAGAGGAGCCAAGGGAACAGCCCGACCAGGCGGCGGAGCACAGCAUCUACCCCUGACACAGAGACCCACACGCUCCUCACCCCAUCCUGCUUCCGCUCAUCCCCGUCCUCACACCCCACCACCCCAACUGGCCGCACCCCCCCUAGGAUCUCCCCGGUCACCAGCACACCCCUGUCGGCCUCCAAGAGCAACAACCGGCUCGCUACACCCCCGCAUAAGCUCCUACUUGAGACUUCAUUCACGUGCACGCCAGCGGCCUCGCCUGAACCGCCCUUGGACUUACGACACCAUGCGCGGCUGCACUCCCCGGCGAUUACGUGGGAGCUGCUGUCCGCGUUAGAAGAGCAGCUGUUACUGGGGAUACGCGAGGCAGGGCGAGGGCUUGGGGAGAGGGACGAUGACUGGGUAACAGGUGUGGCUCCAUUGGCGUCACCCGAAACUCUGAGUGAGGCUUCAAGUAUCGUUUCAAGAGCGUCACUUCUGCUACGAGAGGGCCGGAGGGCGUCAUCAGUGCCAACAUCGAGUAUCGCAUCUUCCUCACAUCACCAGCAGUCCCCCUCGCCUCUCCUCAACCGUAGGCCUCCCCCGGCGCGUCUUGGCAUGGGGUAUUGCUUCUAUGUUGAGACGCCACCCUUGGAUUUGCGACGCCAGCAGAUCAUUGCCUCGGAGCGCCUCCCCGAGUCCUCCGAUGAUGAGGAGAUCCCCCACCGCCCCCUCUCACCCUCCUCCUACAUCACCCUAGAGCCAAUCGUCCCUACCCCGCCCCCCCAGAAGUCCCCCACCCCAGACAACGAAACACCGCCCCCUCCCCCCACCACCAGCCAGGCCGUCCACGAGAAACCCCUAGCGAACAGCAUUGAGGAGAAGGAGGAAGAGGAGGAGGAGGAGGAAGAGGAGGAGGAGGAGGAGGAGAAGACUAAACUGUGUAGUGAGAGAAGAAGAACGUCCCCUGAUUCACCCGGUAGUGGGCACAGUCCGGACUCCUCCUCCUCUUCCUCCUCCUCCUCCUCUUCCUCCUCCUCCUCCUCCUCCUCCUCGCAAAUCUCACACCGCGUCAAAUUUGACUUCACAGCGUCGCAGAUGUCACGCGAUUCCGGCUACGGCGAGAGACUGAACGGGAACUUAAGUGGGGCCAGCGGGGAGUGGGGAGCGGGGGGCGUGGGGGUGCUUGGGGUAGCCAUCGGGGGCAUGGGGGGUAUCGGGAACAUGGCGGGAGGCUGGGCGGGGCAUCAACAGGAGUACGGGAGGGGGGCUACGUCGCUGAUGAACCCUUAUAUGUACAGCGGAGCCUCUCCCCAGCUCUCCCCAAUCUCCCCGGCAAACACAGACUGCUUCACCUCUCCCCUCACCUCCGACCCCCCUUCCUCGCACACCCCGUCCCUUCUCCCGACGCCGGUUGAGGUAAGGGGUGCGGGGGUCAGCGCCGGACCACAUCAAGUCACCCCGCACCCCCCUCACCCCCCUCAUCCGCUAUACAAAGCCACGCCAUUGCUACACGAUAUCACCCGGUCUCCGAAGGGUGUUACGAGUGUGCCAAGGACAACACAGAGAGCCGAGAGCAGUGUAUAGGCGACGAAACCUUGACGGAACGAGUGAUGUGUUACGCAUGUGUUUUUUAACGGCGAGAAAUGCAACUCUGGGGUGAAUGAAACAAAAACGCCGACUAAAAAACGCUCGUCGCUCGCUCAUCCGAAUGCUAAACUAAAAAAUCGAUAUGCCGGAAUGGACGUCAAUUGUGCGCUGUAUAGACGACGGUGAGGCAAUAGACGACGUGUAAAACUAUCAUUAUCCGAGUGACGGUGACGAUGGGUGACCAGGGAGGGGGAUAGAUGGUGCGAAAAGGAUGGUGAGGGAAAGUGAGGAGGGAGGCCUAUUGCUCCGGUAGGCUCUUGUGACGGGUCUGGAUGGUAGUCAGCCCCAGCACGUUAUGGCGCAGGCAAGUGUUUAUAGUGGCGCCAUCUUCUCUUGAGCGAAAAUGAGUAAAUAAGAAGUGAAAAUGAGGGAGCGACAAAUGAAAGUGAGUGAACAUGAAAAAUGAAAAUGAGUGAAUAUGAAAAAAUGAGGAAAUGAGUGAAUAUGAAAAAAUGAGGAAAAUGAGGGAGCGACAAAUGAAAGUGAGUGAACAUGAAAAACGAAAAUGAGUGAAUAUGAAAAAUGAAAAUGAGUGAAUAUGAAAAAAUGAGUGAAUAUGAAAAAAUGAGGAAAAUGAGGGAGCGACAAAUGAAAGUGAGUGAACAUGAAAAAUGAAAAUGAGUGAAUAUGAAAAAAUGAGUGAAUAUGAAAAAAUGAGGAAAAUGAGGGAGCGACAAAUGAAAGUGAGUGAACAUGAAAAAUGAAAAUGAGUGAACAUGAAAAACGAAAAUGAGUGAAAAUGAUUAAGUAAGAAAUGGAGAAUGAGGAAAAUGAGGGAAUGACGAAUGAAAAUGAGUGAAAAUUAGCAAAUAAUAAAUGAAAAUGAGGGAAUGACAAAUGAAAAUGAGUGAAAAUUAGCAAAUAAGAAAUGAAAAUGAGGGAAUGACAAAUGAAAAUGAGAUGAAAAUGAGUGAACAUGAAAAACGAAAAUUAGCGAAAAUAAAAAACGAAAAU